UGCUUUUCCCUUCCACUUCUAGUCUCAAUUUGAAGUCCAAAUCUUUCGUACCAAAUCGAAUCGAACCCCCGGGUAUCCCAUAUCCCAUGAUGUUUUCCGACCCCGCCCAGGAGACAGUGGCGACACAGACGGAGCCGCAGGCGAUUCCGCCGCCCGUCUGCACUCCGCUGCUGAUGGUGGACGAGGAUGGACGGAAGCGGUACUGCUACCACGGCGGCAAGUGCAAGUGCGCCACGUGUGCCAAAAUCCGGGCGGAACAGGCGGUGCAACUGGACCGCGAGCUGUUCGCCUACAUACCGCACUCCAAGCUGAAACUGGAAGUGCCCAUGCGAAUGGUGAAGCCGAAGCAGUACCGCCUGGAGGCCCGGCGAGCUGCUCCGGACAUGGCCAAACGCCUGCAGGAAGACCACGAGAGGCUGAGGGCCGAGUACCCCAUUUACUACCUUCCGGACAGGUACUUCAGCGACAAGUUCUACGAGUUGCCCGGACCGCAGCACAAGCAGACCCAGACGGACAUCCCCAUCGGACGCUUCGGCAUCGAAGGCUGUCCCUGCCCCAAUAAAUCACUCUGCUACGAUAUGUAGUUGUAGUCCUGGGCAGGAUUCGGGUUGGGCAUGGAGGUAUUAAUAAAAACUGCCACGGGAAAUC